AACGGAAGGCUGUUAGUGAUUUAAAUGGACUUUUAUUAAAUAUAAUUUCAAUUGAAAUUGCUAACAUUGUUGUUGGUGAAGAAUGUUCCAAGCAUGAGGAUAUGAUAGAAACGUUUAGAACCUUAUUUUCUUCAAUGGCCAAUAUGAUUAGCAUACCACACCUAUUAUCUUAUAUACAUCCUUGGCUUAAUAAACAAUAUUUAUU